CGUCUCUACAUCCCUAUUUGUCGAGACCAAAGAACAUUGUGAGGAGAUCCAAUUUUAUCUCGUUAGAUAGUCUCCGAGCGCACGUGGGCUCGAUCACUUCGUACCAAAGACUCUUCCAUUAACCGUCGUCAAAAACCCUAGUUCGCACCUAAUUAGUCCCUCUCCACUCCUUAUCUGCUCCAGUAGUUAAAAGAUUUUAACUGUAACCCUAGACACCGAUCUUCUAUCAGUUUUGUUCUUCAAUUGUCAUCUUCAAACGCAUUAGCGUGAUUGGAAAUAAGGUUAUUUUUAUAUGUAUGUUUCAGUACAUGCAUAUAUAUGUUUCUUGUUUAAUUUGGUCGAGUCAAUCUCAAACUAUCUUCUGAUCAUUUGAUUGGGGUUGAUCGAAUAUAAAUAAGUGGUUAGCAGUACUCCAUAAUGGUCUGGUGUAGUAGCUGUGCAAGAGACUGCAAAAAUCCGGGAUAUUCGGAGGGUCUACUAUGUUGUACCGAGUGUGGAAAAGUCAUUAAUGAAGACAAUUUUUCAAAUGAACCCACCUUUGUUAAAAAUAAUGCAGGGCAGAGCCAAAUGUCAGGAAAUUUUGUCAAAACUGUUCAAAGUGAUUAUUCAUUUUCGCGUGAAAGGACAUUACACAAUGCUUUUAUUAAUAUGUCAAGAAUGGCAGAUGCUUUGGGUAUUCAGGGUGGUGAUUCUAUAGUUCGCCCAGCUUUUGCCUUUUAUACGAUAGCAGUUGAGCGGAACUUCACUAGAGGGCGUAGAAAAGAGCAAGUUGAAGCUGCUUGUCUUUACAUAUCAUGUAGGGAAAAUAAAAGGCCGUAUCUUCUUAUUGAGUUUUCAGAUCAUUUGAGGAUAAACGUUUAUGUGCUGGGUGCAGUAUUUUUGCAGCUUUGCAAACUGCUAAGCCUUGAAGAGCACCCCAUUGUUCAAAAACCUGUUGAUCCCAGCCUUUUUAUUCAUAAAUUUACGGCACGUUUACUAGGAGAAGAUAAUAAGGCGGUUUCCAAAACGGCGCUUCACAUUAUAGCUAGCAUGAAGCGAGAUUGGAUGCAGACUGGGAGAAAACCUAGUGGAUUAUGUGGAGCAGCAAUAUACAUAGCUGCUCUUUCAUACGGUCUCACGUGUUCCAAGUCAGACAUAGUAAGGAUUGUACAUAUUUGUGAAGCAACAUUGACGAAGCGGUUGAUUGAAUUCGAGAAUACAGAUUCAGGGAGCUUAACGAUUGAGGAGUUCCACAUGAAGGCUAAGGAGCUUGAAAGAGAACGUAAUACAGCCAAUCUGCCAAAUAUUGGGUUGAAAGUAUCUGUGACAAACGAAUUGCUUUGUGAGCACAAGGGCAGUGGAAGACCUCCUUUCGCCGCUGGACUUUGUAAAAGUUGUUAUGAUGAGUUCAUAGAACUUUCAGGCGGGCUUGAGGGAGGAUCAGAACCUCCAGCUUUCCAGCGAGCUGAACAGGAGAGAAUGUCAAAAGGAUCUACUGAGGAAGAUACUAAUGAUUCUAAUCUUGUUCCUAUACCUUGCCAUUUUGAAAAAAGAUCGGACAUAAGUGAGGUCAUAAGUGGAAAUUUGCAGUUUUCAGAGCCGGAGAGUAUUGGAACUACUGCUGAGAAGGCAGCCAUUGGCAAUGGUGCAGAUAAUAAUUUACAUGGAGCUGAUGGUACAAGUGGUAUGGUUUUUGAGGAAUCAGAGAGCCUUUCUGAUAUUGAUGAUGCUGAGGUCGAUGGUUACCUUCACAAUGAGGAGGAGAAGCGGUACAAGAAGAUUAUUUGGGAAGAGAUGAACAGGGAGUAUCUGGAGGAACAAGCAGCUAAGGAAGCAGCUGCAGCAGCUGCUAAGGAAGCUUUUCAGUCCAGUUCCUAUAGCUGUCCAGAGGACAUGCAAGCUGCACAGGAGCUUGCUGCUGCUGCUGCAGCAGCUGUGGCAAAAUCAAGAAAGGAAAGGCAACAAAAGCGAGCUGCAGAAGCAAGAAAUGCAGUUCCUGCUCAAACUGCUGCAGAAGCUACUAGAGAAAUGUUAACUAAGAAGAGACUCAGUUCUAAAAUCAACUACGAUGUCUUGGAGAAACUUUUUGAUGAAUCUGUGGCUCCCAAGAAAAGUCGGACUGAAACUCAUUUGGACUAUGAUGACAAUUUUCGGACAAUUAGCAAAAAUGAAGAACUUGAAUUAGAGGACGGUUAUAAUAAUGGCGACUUUGGGACAGAGGAUGCGUAUGAAGAUGGGGAGGAUCCCGAAGGAUUGCAUGGCAAUUAUGAGAAUGUAGGGGAAGAAUAUGACUAUGGUGAUGAUUAUGGUUAUGAUGGGUACUGACUGGCUAUGGAAGCCUCAAGCCAAUCAAGGAAGAAGUAUCGGUCCAGGAUUUACUUGCUCAGGAUGUAAUGGGUUUGAGGAUUGAUGGGGAGCUAUUAGAGGAAAGAUUGAUAAAAGGGAGGAUGGACAUGGAAAUGGAAGAGGCAGACUAUCCAGGAACAGGAGCAAACAACAACCAUGAUCCAAAAGCUCCCGGAACAUCUUGAUUAUUAUUGCAGACAUAUAUAUAUAUAUAUAUAUAUAUAUAUAUAUAUAUAUCCCAACAGGUUCAAAGAUUUAGUUUUUUAUGUUGUUAUUUGGAUUAAUAUCCUAUCUAUCUUUUUAGGCUAUACCUUUUUCUUAAUAUCCUAUCUAUCUUGUUAGGCUAUCUAAUGGAAGUUUUCACUUUGUAAUAUAACAUGAAAGUUGGUUAAUAUGCAAAAAUUAUUAUGUGUGGUUUUGUUAUCUCCCAAAAAAUUUGGGAAAGAGAAGGAAAUGUUGUAAUUUUUAAUGAAAUUUUGUUUAAAA